CUGCCUUCCAGCGUGUCCGCAAGCAUUCUGUGGGCCAUUCUUCGCAUGUCCUCAAGCUGCGCGCCAGAGAAUACCGUCGCCAUGACAUUAUCAAAGAUCAUGAGCCCAGCCGACAACGACCAGGAAAGUGAGGGGCAAGCGGCGGGGAAAAGCGACACUGCCCGCUUCCACAGCCGCGCUCACAAGCUGGCCACGCUCAUCAUGAUGACCACGGGAAGCGCGAACGCGGCCAUGUUUCCCAUGAUGUUCAUCUUCUACGGAGGAGUGCCGUUCCUGCUGGCGUACCUUGUCGUGCUGGCGACCGUGGCGAUGCCGAUGCUGCAGCUGGAGAGCAACCUGGCCCAGUUCGCCGGAGACGGAAACUGCGGCGUCUUCAGCACCGUUCCGCUGUUCCUCGGCACGGGCUACGCGCUGACGUUGUACGUAGUCCUGUGCGUGGUCGCCGACUCGUUGCCCCUGUCCGACGUGCUCCUGCAGAUGGCCGGUGUGGGAGGAUCCGCCGUCCCGUGGAGCGGGUCCUGUCCCGGCGGGUGGACGGCCAAUAACCGCACCUGUUACGCCAUCAAACAGGGAUCGGUCCCGUGCCGAUUGUUGCGGGGUCGAUUCGUGGACUCGUUCCGGCGCGUGGCACUCGGUGAAGGCCUACCUCUGCUGCGCGGCGACCAGGUGGUGCUGGUGCCGUCCAAGUCCUACCACCAUGACGCGGCCGGGUGCAUGCCCGACUUGUACACACAGGCGCCCACCUACGACUUCCGACGUCAGCAGAGUUGGGCGGAGCACACGUUCGACCACAUCCGGGCACAGCCUCUGCUCUCGAUGGCCGCUAUCUGGGUGCUGGUGUUCGCGCUCGCCCACGGUGGUUUCAUCAGGCUCAAGAACGUGCGUCUCGAGCCCUUAAUUUGAUUGUUAACGAACACAUGUAGGCUGAAUAAAAAAGCAUGUU